CAUGAGUAAUAAUACAUAUGGUAAGGGCACUCCUAGUAGGCUUCCAGAUAAAAAAAAUUCUACUUUACAAUUUCAACCUGAAAAAGGUUAGACACCAUCUCUUACAACCUCAUAGGUAAUGAAAAAAGUAAGUUAUCAAUUUAUUUUAAGCAAUAUGAUUAAUAAUAAGUCCCAAAGCCAUAGUCAAAACCUUAAGAAUAAGAUAAAUAAUAAAUAGAAUAGGCUUUAGAUGAAUACAAAGAAAAGGUUUUUGAAGAAUUAAAGAAAAUCAAUUAAAUACAAUAGUAAGAAUUAAUUAAAGAGAAUUAAGAAUUAAAAAAAAAAAUGGAAUAAUAAGAUAAGAAAAUGUAAUAAAUUGAAUAAUUGAUAUAAUAAUAAAAUGAGAAAAUACAAUAGUAAGAAUUAAUUAAAGGUAAUUAAGAAAUUUAAAAAAAAAUGGAAUAAUAAGAUUUGAAAAUAUAACAAUAAGAUUAUAAGAUAUAAUAAUUAGAAGAGAAAAUAUAAUAGUAAGAAUUAAAAAUAGAAAGUCCGAUGGAAAAUUAAGGAAAUACUGAAAUCUAAGAGAAAAUCUAGAAUUUUAUUUCCAAAAAUGAAAUAGCUCAUGAGAUUUGGAGAACAACUGCAGAAAAAAUCUCAAAUGCAUAUGGAAUAAUUGAAAAAUAAUCUUAAGAUCUAGAUAUUUACAAGAAAUAAAUUGCAGAAAAAGUAAAUGAAUAUAACAUUAAUAUGACCUAAUUAGUAAAAGAUGAGCUUUAAAUCCUUGAAUAAUAAUUAAACUAGACUCAAUAGUAAACAUGUUAGAAUCUAGAAAAUUUAUCUAGAUAUGAAUAAAUAUUAAUUAAAUAUUGUGAAGAAAUUAAUAAAUGCUUGAAUAUUUAGGGUAUCCAGGUACCAAAUUAUAAUAAUAAUCAAUUUUAAUAAUUCAAUUAAUAAUAAUAAUAAUAAUAACCAUAAUAUUCAUAAUAAUUGGAUUAAUAAUAAUAUUCAUAAUUAUAAUUAGAUUAAUAUUAAUAUUAAUAAUAAUAAUAAUAAUAUCAAUAAUAAUUGGAUUAAUAAUAACAUUCAUUACCAAUUCAUUCAUAAAUUAACUUUAUCACUCCUCCUCAAUAUUAAUAGUCAUAACCUAAUUAUAAUCAAAACACAUAAAAUGAUACAAAUUCAUAAAUACAAUUUGUGCCAAGUUAUUAGGACUCACAAGUAAAAUCAAAAAUUAGAUUAUUAUCUUCAACUUAAGGUCCAACAAUACAAUGA